AUGGCUGGUAAUCCUAUCUCCUCUCAGGCUCCUGAGAAGCAGCAGGACAAUGGGACCUGGCUGGUGACAGAGUUCAUGCUGGUGGGAUUCUCCAACCUCCCAGAACUGAGGUCCACUCUCUUCACCUUGUUCCUCCUCACCUACCUGGUCACACUCAGUGGCAACGCCACCAUCAUCACCAUCAUCCAGGUGGACCGCACCCUCCACACUCCCAUGUACCGCUUCCUGGCUGUACUCUCCCUCUCUGAGACCUGCUACACACUGGUCACCAUCCCCAAUAUGCUGGCCCAUCUGCUGAUGGAGAGCCAGGCCAUCUCCAUCGCGGGCUGUCGGGCCCAGAUGUUCUUCUUCUUGGGCUUGGGAUGCAAUAACUGUUUCCUGCUUACACUGAUGGGCUAUGACAGGUAUGUGGCCAUCUGCCAUCCCUUGCGCUACUCUGUGAUCAUGAGACCCGCCGUUUGCCUGUAUAUGGGAAUUCUGAUAUUCUGCUCUGGUUUCUCGGUGGCCUUGGUCGAAACCUGUAUGAUCUUCUCCUCGCCCUUCUGCGGCACAGGCCGCGUGGAACACUUCUUCUGUGACAUCGCGCCUGUGCUGAAGCUCAGCUGUGCAGAGAGCACGCACAAGGGGCUUGGCAUCUUCUUCCUGAGCAUCCUGGUGGUGCUGUUCUCCUUCGUCCUCAUCCUCCUCUCCUACGCCUUCAUCGUGGCCGCCAUCGUGAGGAUCCCUUCAGCCGCGGGAAGGCGCAAAGCCUUCUCCACCUGCGCGGCCCACCUCACUGUGGUCAUAGUGCAUUUUGGCUGCGCCUCCAUCAUCUACCUGCGGCCAGACUCUGGGGCCAAUCCCUCCCAGGACCGCCUGGUGGCGGUGUUCUACACGGUGGUGACGCCUUUGCUGAACCCUGUGGUCUACACCCUGAGGAACAAGGAGGUGAGGGUGGCCCUGAAGAAGAACCUGGCGCGGGGCUGCGGGCUCUGCUUGCGUUAAUG